GGAAUGUCACAAUCUGUGACAUAAGACAUACCGAAUGUGGUAUAUAUGUGUUGUGUUUUGUGCAGUUGUUUGUACGUUUGUAGUGGUUUGUAGGUUAUAAAACUAAUGUUUGUAAUACAAAAAGCAAUUUUCGUAUUUGGAAACUGAAAAACGAAACUUCAAAAUGGACGUCUUUUUGAUGAUCAGACGCAAGAAACUUACUAUCUUCACGGAUGCGAAAGACACAACCACUGUACUGGAAUUGAAAAAAAUUAUUGAAGGGAUCCUCAAAAUACCACCACAAAAUCAACAAUUGUUCAACAAAGAUAACACAGUGAUGGAAGACAGUCAUCUCUUGCAAGAUUAUGGUCUGACUUCACUCACAGCUAAAGCCCAAAACCCUGCAACCAUUGGAUUAGCUAUUAGGGAUGAUAAUGGAACGUUUGAGCCAUUGGAUUUAGUGCAGUACUCUGCCCCACCAGAUUUACCAGAUGUGAUGAAGUCACAGGAAAGCAAUGGUCAAGAACAAUCAUCUUGAACAGUUAAGGCUCAUCAGGGCUCUGGGAAUCUUGAAAAUUCUGAUGAAUAGUAGUUACAGCACAUUAUUCCAGUUGCAUAGUCCCAUUUAAUAGAAAUGGCUGGACCAUAGUUAGGAACUUUCUACCUUUCAAGCAGAUAAAACUAAUGAAAAGUUUAGAUCUGCCAAUUUAAUCUGUCUGCGUCAUUAUUAUUGCGAUAGCCGAAUAAUGAUUCAAACUUGCUGUAAAGGUAAUUUGCUAAAUAUGGAAAUUUGUUUAUUUAAUCUAGGGUGUAGAUCUUUAUAUUUGUACACGUUAUACAUUUCGUGUUUUCAUUUUUCUUUUUCCUUGUAUAGAUGUGUAUUUUUGUAUAAUUUCUUGAAUAGACAUUUUGUACACCCUCAUAGCAUUAUGGUACGAUUGUCAUUUUUAAGCUUACGCUUGUGUGUUAAGAUGUCAUGUUACAUUCUACAAAAAUUCAUGGAGUGGUUUUGUUACACUAAAUAGGUACACUAUCCUAGCAAUGUCAACAAUAAUUGUAAAUUCAUAAUUUAUAUUUAAUAUAGGUAAUAAAAAUUAUUAUCAUUUUACAGAACCUUUCAUAUUGGACUUCCAGGUAAAAUGAUUUCUAGUUGUCAGCCGUCAUUCAUGCUUUCGUCUAUGUUUAGUCGCACACGGCAUCCUACUUUUUCAGGUAAGGUCUUUCGAAAAAGAUCAAGCUCAAGUCUGUACUAAUUUUGAACAAGGUGGCCUUCAAUUUGUCUUUGCACAUCAUCUUCAAGGUUAUUUCAUGAUCAACUUUUGUUUUAAAUGCAAAGCCCCUUUUUUAACCCUUUCGAGUAUCGAGCCGGUUAUAUUCGAAAAAAAGGUGAUGUCUGGUAUAUGGGAAACGUAUAUUUAUGCAGCGACACAGGC